AGUCGUAGCUCGAACGUCGCCUUAAGAAGAUCCUAUGAAUUAUCAUUAUGGAGCUGGAACUGCUGAGGUACAGGGCCUACACCCACAAUGUCAUCUGGUUUUUGAAGUCCGCAGGACUCUGGCCCGAAGGUCAUCCAGUUUCCAGGAAGAUACGUUCUAUGGUCACGCUAUUCUCUACCUUUGUGGUCAUGGUGACUGUGUCCAACUUUAGCUUCCAGAAUGUUAGCAAUGUCAUGGUCUUGACCAGGGGUAUGAGCUUGGCCGUCAGUUUUUCGUCAGCUUUUUCUAAGGUUGCCCUGUUUCUGCUGAAUUACGAAGAUCUUGUCUAUCUCAACGAACAUUUAACAGGGAUCUUCGAACGCGACAUGAAGAAACCGGAGUACCGUCCUGACCUUUUGAAGAACGUCAAAACCUUUCACAGAUUCAUGUAUACGCAUGUGGCCUCAUUAACUUUCACCCUUAUCAUGUACGUCAUCGGCCCUUUACUAGCUUUGCGAAAGCACGGCAAGUACGUUCGAGUAUUUCCUGCGAUCUAUCCGUUUGCCUACGAACCAGGUGGAUUGGUGCAUUGGAUCCUCUACAUUUUGGAAGUAUUAGGUGCCACGUGCCUCUGGUCUGUAACAUCUGGGGUGGACUGUGUUUUCGGGGUAUACGCGCUUCAGGUGUGCGGCGAGCUGAGAAUUUUGGCGAAAAAAUUCAAAGAGUUGGGGGCUAUCGAGAACUACAGAGAGAAGCUAAACGAUUGUAUACGGAGACAUCACGUGCUGAUCAAGGCGAAAAACAAGCUUGACAACAUUUUUGGUUUGAUCUCGAUAUGGCUGGCUAUAUCCGGGGCACUCGUGCUUUGUUCGCUUAUUUUUCAAAUUACCGAGUUAAUAAAAGCGAAAAGCAGCUAUCUACGCGUGGUGCAUCUCAGCGUCUAUCUUUUACCAAAGUUUUUGCAAAUUUUCUCAUACGCAUGGUAUGGAAACCUUAUAGCCGAAGAGAGCACAGGAUGCCUGGAAGCUAUGUACGAUUCGCACUGGACGGAUUCUUUGGAUAAGAAUUUCAAAAGCGACAUUCUCAUAGUUUUGGUACAAGAGCCCUUGACUCUGAUAGCCAUGGGUUGCAUGGUUAUACAGUUGGACAUGUUUACGAAAAUUGUCAAGACUUCAGUAUCAUACUUUUUUCUACUUCGAACGUUGAACGAAAAAUGAGUAAAUGGAUCGAUGAUAAGCAAGAGUAUUGGAAUCGUGAAGUUUCUUUAUUAGAACUUAUGAUUAAAAAAAAAAAUGUAUCCUAGAUAUUAGAUAAAUAUCGUUGCUAGUGCAUUC